AUGGAUAAAGGCUCUAUUCGAGAUAGUGCUCCUAGUUGGUGUCUAGCUCUGUUCAAGCCUGAGGGCUUGUUGAGUUCCGUUUCAGCCCUUCUUUCUAGCACCAUUGGCAUCCAUUAUGGCCAUGUUCUGCUUCAUUUCGAGACUCAUUCUCAAAGGUUGAAGCAAUGGGUAGCAAUGGGUUUUGGCUUCUUUAUUAUUGGCAUUAUCCUUCAUUUCACAAAUGCCAUUCCUAUAAACAAACAGCUUUACAGUUUUAGCUACGUCUGCUUCAUAGCAGAAGCAGCUGGGAUAGUUUUCUCAGAUCGACGUUUGGGGUUUUUCAAAGCCAUUCUCAUUUCUAGAAUGGAUUGGAAUAAAUGCAAUGUUGGUGUUUGUAAUGGAAGCUCAGGGAAUUUUGCAACAUUUAUCAAUGGAUGGUACUAUAAAGAUCCUGAAAACUCCCUAAAUGAUGUAGCAGCUUGUUGCAAUUGGUAUUGGAUCAUCUUCUCCUUAAAGAUCAAUGAUUGGGAGAAUAAUCAAAUUGCUACAAGCACUAUAAUGACAAUCUUCUAA